GUCACUACUUGGCCACCAAAUCGAGCGGUCGGACGUCGCUGCGAAGUCAAGUCAACAAUAACAAAAAUUCCUUUGCGCAAAAUUCGCUUACUCGUUGUGAAAAACAAAACGAAAAUUUCAUGAAAUUAUACGCGCAAAAUAAUAAUUAUUAAUAAUAAUUUAUAAGCAAAGUGAAAAUAAACAAAAAACGAAUUUUCAAAAAUAAAUAACACGCGCAAACCUAGCGACUGAAGCGCCCUAAACACUGGUGGAAGCAUUAAAAUGCGCUUCGGAAUGGAAAUUUAGCAACGCGAUAUUUUAAAUAUUUUUCUAUAAUGUUGUUGCUUACAAGAGAGCGCAUAAAAAAAUGCACGAAAGUAGAAAUGUUUCAUAAAAGUUUUUAAAUAUUUAUGUUAUUUUAACGUGUACGGCGAGUUAAUCUUACGCACAAAGCGAAGCAACACAAAAAGCGUGAAACAAAAACUGCAACAAAAAAAAGUCGCGUUAAAAAUGAGUAACUUUUAUAUAUAAAAACAAAAGCAGAAGAGUCUCUCAGCUACAUUAGCAAAUCCAGAAAAAUGUUUCAACAUCUCAACAAGUUCUGCGCGGAAAUCAAUGCAAAAUGCUUUUACCAAAAUCAUAAUUGAAUUCAUUAGGUCACAUCAGUGAAAAAUUCAUUGCUUCUACCAAAUUCAUACAUCUAAGCUUCCAACGGCCGCAACAUAUUUUCGAUAAGCGCAACUUACACAAAAUUCAAAAACAAACAAACAAAAAAUACUCAAAAGUGAGCAUCGUCCAACAAUAAAAAAAAUGUUAUAAAUUUAAAUAAAUUAGCAGUAGCAACUCCAAGCAAAUGCUGAGCUAAAAAAUAUCAAUUAAAUGCAUUCUCGCACAGCACAUCAUUGAAAAUCGCCAAAGCACACCAACAGCAACAAGCCAAAAGCGCAGCCAAACAAAAAUAAAAUCGAUGUCCUGCGAGAAACAAUCACGACAGCAACAAUAACUAUUUUUUAUAAAAGCCAAAGCAAAGCUUGGAGCGAAGCUAACAAAAGAACGGGCACGAAGGCUGCCACCAAACAGACAAACAAACAAACAAUUAAAUAUAAUUUCGCAAAAUUUUAGUACAACCAAUAUAAAAAAAAAAUAUAAAAUCAAAUAUUCGGUAACAAAAGUCAAAGCGAUAAGUUAUCCAGAUCUCCCUUUCUCAGUUCCCCAAAUUUCCCUCAAACACCACGCUCUAGUCUAACCAUUCAUUACGCUUCCCACAUCAAAGAUGGCGCACAAUAAUCAUCGUCGAGACAGACAUCAACAUGAAAACAACAACCACAUUCACCUCAAUCCAGACUUUGAUAAUCUAAAUCUCAAUGAAAAUCCAGCGUUGCGUGGUGCACCGGAAUUUUUUGAAAAUUUAUUUUUUAAUGGCGAUUUUGCGGCGGCAAAUGAAGAUGAAGAAAUGUUUGAUGCUGCGGCGGCAUUGGCUGUGCAUAACUUAAAUAAUAAUAACAACAACAACAAUUUGCCUAAUAAUGAUGAAGUUGAACCGUCCUGUUGGGUUUUUGGGUAUGGCUCAUUAUGCUGGUAUCCAGGCUUUCAAUAUUCCAAAUGCAUAACGGGUUAUAUAAAGGGGUUCGUGCGUCGCUUCUGGCAGGGUAACACAACACAUCGCGGCACAGAUGAGAAGCCUGGCCGCGUGGCGACACUCAUCGAAGACAAAGAGGUGAGUGAUGACCAUAAUGGCAUCACCUGGGGUUGUGCAUACAAAAUUACCGGUAGCACGGCGUUGGAUUAUCUGAAGCAGCGAGAAUGCAAAUUGGGUGGCUACAUCAUACUCGAAACUAAAUUCUUUCCACGAGUCGCCUCCUACGAUACACCCUUUAGUGGUGAAGCGGUGCAUGUGUUGGUGUAUGUGGCCACCCCCGAUAAUUGUCAUUGGCUCGGCGAAGAUACGCUAAACAAUAUUGCUGAACAGAUUGUGGAAUGUCGUGGUCCCAGUGGUCAUAAUGUCGAGUAUUUGUUACGUUUAGCUGAUUUUAUGCGUGAGGAAAUGCCUGAUGUUGUGGAUCCACAUCUUUUUGAGUUGGAAUUUUUGGUGCUGGAAAAAUUAAAUCAACGCCAAAUACCUCUGUGGUCUGUGAUGGGUGUUGCACCCGAACGCAUACGACGUGACUCGCACGAAGAAAUCAAACGACCACCUACAUUCGAGUUCACAUCGCGUAUUCCAGAACGAAAAUUGCGUUGCUUGAAUAUUUGAUUUGAGCUCAAUGGGGAGCGUGCGAUGUGGCAUUGUAAGCGUCUUCUGGCACACAAUAAGGCUGGCUGUAAUCAAUUGUUGCUUUUUUGAUACAUAAAUGCAUGCAUGUAAAUAAAUCAAUAAUAUUUAAGAAUUAUAAUAAGUUCAGGCUGAAUGCGUUAAAUAACUUGUGUACAUAUUGGAAAUUCUAAAUUAUGUUACUCUUGCUUUCAAAACCAAUUGACUUGUUAAUGUAUUUUUAUUUUUUUUUUAUUUUUACUAAUAUUAUAAGCGAACUAAAAUUUGUAUUUUUAACAGAUUUUAAGUGAGAAGAGAAAAAACUGAAAACCAUUUAAUGUCAAAUAUGGCUUCCGAGCAUGAUGUUGCGAAUUAGAUAAAACUAAAUUAAUUGUCAUUAAGAAAUAGUAUACACAUACUUGUAAAACUACUAUAGCACAAAAAAUUUGUACCAAAUAAA